AAAAAAAAAAUCACAAUCAUAAACAAAAUAGCGCAAACCGGACAGGAAAAAAUAUCAGUGAGCUGGUACAGUAGAGGAAGAAAAAAAUAUAUACAAUGAUCCGUUUGGGAUUCGGUUCCCUGUUGGUGUGUGAGUCAAAUGAGCCGCCUCACAAGAAAAGAGACAGAAUUCCCAUCACCACUUUCUACUUCGUCGUGUUUUCUAUUCCUCUUUACCCACCUCUCUUUCUUUUCUUAUAUUUUAUGUUGUCAUGCCUUCUUUAAUUUCUUCUAUUCGUUUAUUUUAUACUAUUUCUUGCCAGUAAAGCGCCGCCGGUGUUGAGCAGCGCGCGCAGAAACAAACCAAGUCAUGUGAUAGAAAGUCAUCACGUGGUUCCGAUCAUCAGGAAGGAACACUACCGAAAACACGUAGUGGUCUCUACGGUGUUUGAGGAAAUGAGCGUUACUUUGGAUUUAAGGCUUAAGCGUGCGAACAAAGUGUAUCUCGAAGGGGAGGUCCUGGCUGGAGUGGUGGUGAUCACCAGUAAGGAAGCUGUGCAACAUCAGGGAAUCACCCUCACCAUGGAGGGUCUUGUUAAUCUACAGCUCAGCUCCAAGAGUGUCGGAGUCUUCGAGGCGUUUUACAACUCGGUCAAGCCCAUUUCGCUAAUCAGCAGUAACAUCGAAGUGGCCAAACCGGGCAAGGUGCCAGGAGGCAAAACCGAAAUCCCUUUUGAGUUUCCACUGCAAGUGAAAGGAAAUAAAGUGCUGUAUGAGACUUACCAUGGUGUUUUCGUCAACAUACAGUAUACUCUCCGCUGUGAUAUGAAGCGCCCUCUGCUGGCAAAAGACCUGAGCAAGACCUGCGAAUUCAUGGUCCAUUGUCAGCCACAGAAAUCCAAAGUGCAGCUGACUCCUGUUGAUUUCACCAUCACGCCAGAGACAUUGCAGAACGUGAGAGAGAAAGGUUCUCUCCCAAAGUUCUUUAUCAGAGGCCACCUCGACGCCACUAACUGUGUGAUCACGCAGCCGCUCACAGGGGAGCUGGUGGUGGAGAGUUCAGAAGUCGCCAUCAAAAGCAUCGAGCUGCAGCUAGUGCGGGUUGAGACAUGUGGCUGUGCUGAAGGCUAUGCUAGAGAUGCAACAGAGAUACAGAACAUCCAGAUAGCAGAGGGAGAUGUGUGUCAUGGCCUCCCCAUCCCUAUAUACAUGGUCUUCCCCAGGCUGUUCACAUGCCCUACACUCGAAACCACAAACUUUAAAGUUGAGUUUGAGGUGAACGUGGUGAUUGUUUUUCACGAUGAUCAUUUAAUAACAGAGAACUUCCCGUUGAAGCUUUGCCGAGUAUGAGAUCAGAGCCUGCAGACUCAUUGAUGUUUCCUGGAAGACUCUGGGAGUGGCAUCGUAACUGUUUUAAGUGCCAGUCAGGAACCAGCAGGACGGCUUCGGUUACAGCUACAGACUGACCUGCAUUUUGUUUUUUUGGCAUUUACUGAUUCCGAUUUUUGAGUUCUUGGAACCGUUGUCAAAAAGCUACCAUGCUUGUUCCCUCUUUUUAUUUUUGGGGUUUUCAUGACUGGGUAUUUUAGUACAUCCAGUACUCAUGUCAUAACAGAACUGCUUCACAAUUUCCUUCUUAUUAUAGCAUUUAAUAGAAGUAAGUGGUGUGCAUUAAUUUGUGCACGUUUAUGACAAGGGAGGGGGGACACACCAGCGGGACCUUUAUGUGGUACUUUGUGUCCCUUGUAUAAACCAUGUAGUACAAGAAUAGAUUAGUAGUAAUGUUAUUUGAAUAAAAAUAAAUCUG